CGUCACUUCCGGGUCCUAGGACGAGCGAAUGGUCUUAGCAGCCGUCCCUUUUUGAUGCGGGAGCGGUGAGAUGAAGGACCGGCCUCCCUUUUGCGCUCUCAUUUAACUGUCUCACCGCCGCUCCACAAACAGCUUCACUAAUGGUUGAGUCAGAUGAAGAAUUCGCUGAACUUUGCUCCAAACUUUUGAAACGGGUUAAGAAAAGCCACCACCCCUCCGAGAGUCAGAAUGCCCCCAAGUCCAGCACUGCAGCACGAGGAAAGGUUAAGAAGGCCAAACCAUCUGGGACCAAGAAGCAGAAAAAGGAUGGGGGCAGCAGACAGUCAGAAGUGGGUGCCACAUCGGGACCUGACGGUGACAAGGCCGAGGAAAGGAAUGGCGCGGCGCAGAGCUGCCUCACUAGCGAGCUGCUACAGAACGAUGGCAGCAGAGCUGACUGUCGGGAAGGAGGCACCAGACCCCCCGGCCCCGUGAGUGUAAAAAAUCUGGUCUUGGAACGGAUGCAACAGUUUAAGAGGGCAGCCCCCAGCCGCAUGAAGCUGGAGUCCACGGAGUCCAUCAGUGAAGGACACGUCGGAUCUUCUAUGGCAUGUGGCAGUGCACAGAGUGACGAAGCUCUGGCCCUGGCUCUGCAAAUGGAUGUCAAGGAGAAGCCAGCUAGUUUAGAAGAUGAAGGACUCUUUUUUUGCCAGCUGUGCCAAAAAGACUUGACAGCCAUGAGCAGCACCCUGAGGGAGCAGCAUGUUAACAGGUGCCUCGACCAGGUUGAGAGUUUAGGAGGAAGCUCGGCAGCUCCCGUGGUUCCUAGUUGUCCAUUGUGCGGAAAGCCUUUCAGCACAGAGAAGAGCCGCGCAUCUCACUUAAAACGCUGCGCUGCAAAGUUGGAUGUUCCAGCUCAGACAUUGCUGCAGGCUGUUCAGAGGCAGGCAGUUGAGGCGGGAGCAGGGGUGCCACCACGGGCGGCCGGUGGGAAGAGAAGAGGUGUGCCAAAACUGAAAGAGCCCUCUAAAAAGAGAAAGGUGGUCAAGACUGGUGCAGAGAUGGAGGAUUUGAUGGUUGCGAUGGCAUUGUCUCGUUCUAUGCAGGAAGACAAGAAUGCACAGAAUACAGCCGGGGCUCAACCUUCCCUGGAAUUGCCUACUAAAGGCAAGAAAAGUCGACGGAAGCAGAAGGAUAAACCUACCCCUCUUCUUCUGGUCCAGGCCCCCGAGGAGACCGCGAUAAAGUUGCAGAAGAGGUUGUCCAUGCUGCUGACUGAGGAAGCUGUGGAGAACAAAGAAGUCAUGGCCUUGCCUUCAAGUCAUUUCUGGACAAUGGAGGAAGAAGAGAGGGAGAGCUGGAGACUGCGGGGAGGAAAGAGAUGUGUUCUGUGGGACAUCAGUGAUAUGACGGAGAAAAGAGACACCCUGAGCUACUACACAGCAGAACUGAACCCCCCAAUAACUCAGUGGAAGUCUCCCUUGAAGAAGCUGCAGACUUCACAGACACGUGUCACUACAGCCAUAUUGCAUUCUGAAAAACCACAAAGCCAGACUGCCAUUGACAAGGAUCCCCAACCGGUGUCCUGUGAGGAUAAAAGCCCAUUCUCGGACAGUCAGACGGCAUUGCUGGAUCUGGCUGAUCUGGCAGGAGAGGGCAUGACGCUCACUCAGUGGAAUGGUGGAAAUUUGAAUGAGCGCACAGGCCGAGAGUCACCAGGCAGUAUCCCAUCGAGCGGAUUCAUCCCAGCGCAAGAGGACAAGAUCACAAACGAGAGUCAUGGACUUGGUAACAAGAUCCCAUUGAUUGUUCUAUCAGCAGAUUUCAUGGAGAUGGUGAACAACCCCCAUCUGAGUGAUGCUCAGCUGCAGACUGACUGCGGGGAGGUGCUAAAUGCCCAUAUGUUUGUGCUAUAUGCACGCUGCCCCCUGCUGGUUGAAGCCAUCCACUCUGAAGGUUUCUGGGUAGAUGAAUCUGGCAUGGGGCGAGCACGACGUCUCCUAAUUAACGAUGUGCCUGCCGAGGCUGCCCUCUGUUUUCUCCGGUUUUUAUAUGCCGCCACCACUGACUUCCCAAGUCACUGCCUGCCACAUGUUUGCGAGCUGGCACGCAGAUUUGGUGUGAAAAGUCUCAUAGACGCCUGUGAACGUCUAGUUUCUGGGACUCAUAACACAGAAGGUCAGCUAUCCACAGAAGAGGAGGGUGAUGAUGGAGGAGAACGAGCAGAGACCUUCCAGGAGUUGUUGAAAUCCAUGUGGCUUAACGAAGGUGAGGACGUCUUUGAAAAUGUGCAGGCUGACCGAGAAGAUGAGGAGAAGCUGGAUGAUGGAGGUGUAGGAGAGGGCGAGCUGGAGGAGAUCUAUGAAUUUGCUUUGACUCAGCGUAAGAUAUUAGCACAGCAAGACUCCGAAUGUGAAAGUGAACAGGAAGUAGAGGAUCCAGAGAAAUCAGACAACAACUCUCCCAAAUCCAGAAAUCUAAGUUUAGAAGACAAGGAGAAAAGGGAUUUGAUAAGCACAACUUCACUUAAGGCGUCUCCCAGAAAAUCGCUCAUGUGCAUUCUGUCCAACAGCCCUGAAUACUCUGUGAUUUCUCCCUUAGCUGCCUCUACUGAGCUCAAAAUGCAGCCGUCAUCUUCAUCCUCUGUUACAGGUGCUUCUCCAGUGAAAAAAGUCAGUACAUCGCGCAAUCCUUCCUCUUCAGAGUCUCCUAUCCCUGUCAUUUCUCUGAUCUCCCCAAGCAGAGAUGAAGAUCCUGAGGCAGAUAUGUUUGCUCCGCAGAGUCCUCCACCUCUCGAUGAUAGUUACGACCGCAUGUUCUCGCAGACUUGUGGUGAAUAUGGAGAAACUUCAGAUAUUGGCGAAAGCAAAUCCCAAAUAAAUCCAGUUAGCCCUGAGCAACCCAUACUUACCAGCUCACCUACCGCCAUGCCAUGUCCUUCUCUUCCCGAACUUGGGUCUUCUCCUAACAUCAAGCCACAAACACACUCAUACUCCGUUGAAUGUGGAAAAUCUCUGCAUUCCAGUCUCAGAGAUUCUCAUCAUAGUACACCUACUCAGAAUAGCAAAGAUACUUCUCCCAAAACCUCAUCUCAAGAUGCAGACAUCAUCCUGAUCCUGUCAUCAGAUGAAGAGAUGGAGUCCAACGAUCAAGCUGCAGCACUGACCAGAAGUGGACAGUUUGACAUGCCUAAAAAAGCUAAGGUUAUUAAAGAGUCUCCAGUUAGUUUCAAUCAGGGGAGGAAGAGCAAUGAAGGGUUUUCCCGUCUAGAAAUGAGUAGUAGCUCCGAGAUGUCUUGGUUGGUGCCUGCUACACCCUUACCCCAAAACGCAAGCUCAAAAAUCUCCCUGCUGCAGACAUCAUGUUUAUCCCAGUCGCUUCAGAGUUUACAGAAGACGACCCCUGCAGCUAAGUCUCCUCCGGACUCUCAGAAGACGUGCCAUCCAGGUCGGUCGUCUCAGAACUCACAGAAGAUGUCCCAUCCAAGUCGGUCGCCUCCAAACUCACAGAUGUUCUUUCCAGGUUGCUCACAUCCGAACUCACAGAAGGCGUCCCACCCAAGUCAGUCACCUCCGAAUUCACAGAAGACAUCUCAUCCAGGUCGGUCACCUCCGAAUUCACAGAAAGCAUCCCAUCCAGGUCGGUCACCUCAGAACUCACGGAAGAUGUCCGAUCCAAGUUGGUCACCUCCGAACGCAAUGAAGAUGUGUGAUGUAGCUCACGCCUCUCCAAACUCACAGAAGACACCCAGUGCAGCUCAGUCACCUGAGACUUUACAGAAGGCAGCAAAUGUAGUUCAGUCACCUCCAAACUCCCAGCAGACACCACGGUCAUCUCCAACAUCCAGAAAUUUUGAUCUUGACGUCUCUUUCCAAAGUUGUGUUUCCCAAACUCAGGCAAGCUCAGUGUCCCUUCCUUUGAUGUCUCCAAAGUCACCCAGGACUCCUCGGUCAUUGCGACCCUCCGUACAAGAAAAGCUCCAGACGGGUCUUGAGGCACAGCCUAGUGUAAGUAGUAAAACCACUUCUUCACCAUCAAUUUCCAUCGCUAGCAGCACUGUGUUUGAGGUAGUGGACAGUGAAGACGAGGCCCUAGUAGCAGAGCCCCAGGCCAAUAUCAGUAACGCCAGCUUUCAGUUUGACUAUGACGAACUACCUAUCCCCAUGGAGGAAGAUUUGUGGUGCAAUGUCCUUGAGACUCCAAGAAAGCCGUAUUCCCCUUCUACUCCUAGGACACCCUUACUUUCACAUGAGAGCCCAAACAAACCCUUGGAGUGCACACCUCCCAGCCCUUCACCAGCGAAGAGCACAACACCGGCGAGUAUUGAGGAUUCUCCACAGACCACAGUCCACCAGAGCCAUCACCAGAGUUAUCUCAACUCCAAGCUGUGGGAGGACUGGGAAGAUGUAGACCCUGAGCUACCUGCUGUCCUCCCUCUGUCUCAGCGGCUGUGUAAAGUCCCAGAGGUACAGAAGGAGCUGAGGACUCCAGUUUCUAUCGUGCGCAGAAGAGAGCUCCCACCCAAGGUACCCAUCACCCCGUUACCUGACUAUUCUGACAUGGACACCCCAGUCCUGAAAAAGGAGUUGAGCAAGUUUGGUGUACGGGCACUCCCCAAAAAGAAGAUGGUGCUAAAGCUGAAAGAGAUCUUCCGCUAUACACAUCAGGUCAUGAACUCAGACUCUGAGGAUGAUGUCCCUCCAUCCCAGCCCCAUCGAAGUGUAGCUCAAGCCUCACAGAAACCUACUGGUGACAAGCAGCGGCCUCAACACACCACUAAGGGGUCAAGCAGCUCACAGUCGGGGAGGAAGGGGCCGUCUGUGUGCGCAGCACCUGUAGUAGAGACAGAAGAUGAUCAACCUCUGACUGCAUCACAAGAGUCUACUACAUCCUCCAUGGGUGCAAGCGACACGUCCUCCUUAUCCCAAAGCGCCAACACCAAUGAGUUUGAGACGGCAUUCGCAGACGAAGAGGACGAUGAGCUGGUGCCGGCCUCGCAAGCAGCCAGCAAGGAGGCUCUGACAGCGGAGGCUGUGAGGAGGUUCAUCGAAGCACAGCCCGAGCUACAUCAGCAGAUCUUACUUUAUCAACCCCUGGACCUGGCCGCCCUACAUGCAGACCUCAAGCAAAAUGGAAUCCGAAUCGCGGCUGGGAAGCUCCUUGACUUUCUAGAUUCGCACUGCAUCACUUUUACAACCGCCGCCGCACGCAAGGAGAAGAAGAGCCACACGCGGAGGAAAGCAAGGAAGCGCUAGUGAGACAUUUUCAAGGGUAUCUCUAAUCCUGACAACCCUGGGCCUUUUUUUUUUGUAUGGUUGUCACAGGAAGCUCUCAUGACAAUGUCAUUAGUGGUGGCCACAGAUGACUGCUGCUGCCGCACGGGGGCAUCUUAAUACUUGCCUGCACGGAAACUAGGGGUAGCUCCAGGCUCGGCACCUGCCGAAAGUUGUGCCACGAAAUGCAGCCCGGAGAGUGGGAGGUCCGGCUGACCAGGCAACUGUACAACACCGGACGCCAUUCCUGCAAAGCAUCUUUCCAGAAGAGAUGUAGGCAGUGAUAUGGUUGCCUAGGCAACAGUACCCCCACCCGAUACCUUGACCGUACUUUGGCGGAAGACGCGGCUGGAAUUACCAAUCAGUGAAGUAGAGUCUGUGUACAGAUGUAAAGAUUUUAAAGGAAAAAAAAAGUGCAUGGCAUUGUAAAUUAUGUAUUUUCAGUUUAUUUAAAAUUAA